AUGAAAGUUACUAUCAGAUUAUCUACCGAAUCAUCCUUUUCCGUGACUAUCCCAGAUAAUGCGACUGUUGAUGAUUUGAAACAAUCCAUUAAAGUUGGCUUACCAGCCGAUAUAACAUUGCCACCUGAUUUCAAAGUUAUCUAUAACGGCUCAAAAUUACAACCAUAUUACGCUGAGUUACAGUCUUUUGGAAUGAAAUCCGCCGAGGAUAACUCUUACACUGUUAUUGUAAUGUCGGAUAAUGUGGAUACUCCACCAAUAACUCCACAACAGUCAGUAGAAUCACUCGCAAAAUCUAGCACUACCACCACCACCACAACCACCACCAAUGCUACUAUCAAAAAGACUAAAAAGAAAAGUAGGUGUGCCUUCCACAACUGUAAUUCGGCACCAUUGAGAAUGGUAGGAACUUGCACCCAUUGCCAGGGUAAAUUUUGUGCUAAGCACAGAUUAUUGGAAGACCAUAUGUGUACGGGAUUACAAUACUGCAAAGAUAAUGCUCAUGAAAAGAAUGCCAUGAAAUUACAAAGCGAGCGUACUAUUGCCAACAGAGUAUAA